UGUAUCAGAGUACAGUGUAUCUCGAGGAUUUGCAAGCUGAACACACUCCCAGAAUGAUCAUUUGGAGAAAAAUGAAUAUCGGGAUGCCACUCUUGGCAUUUGCGAUGCUGGACUUUCAUGUGAAGUCGUGUCCUGAAAACGAAUUUGAGCUCCCGGAUUCAAUCUGCUGCAGUUUCUGCCCUGAAGGAAGGUAUGUGGCUGUUAACUGCACCAGACAGGGACGUUUGUUCACCGGAGUGAGUUGUAAGGAGUGCACCAAGUGUACUGACGGUACGCAGAUGAUCGCUCCCUGCACAAACUUCUCUGAUACCAAAUGCUCUGAGAACAGUUUGACCACCGUCACCAUGACAAUUGUCACGCCCAAGCCCGAAGGUGAGCUGGUGAUAACGCACAUGGCUCUUUACGCCACCGCGCCUGUGGUUUUCCUCCUGAUCAUCGCGGCCGUCGUGUACAAGUGGUGCACGAGACGAAGCGUUUCUCGCGACCCUGCAGAACCUUUCAAAAUUAUGAUCUGAAGAAGAGAAAUUCAGAAAGAAAUGAGAAAAAUACCGUUUUCUUCUUCAACAUUUUGUUUCAGUUUGGUGAGCAGUGAGCAACGAUCAGUGAGACGAACACAAUUUUUCACUUUUACCCCAAAACUGUUAUCCAAGACGUCUUCGAUUUCCUAACUUUGAAAGUGGAAUUUAAUUAUUUGUAGUAAAAAAAACCAAAAAACUUAUUAACUUAAUGUUAUUUAGUUUAUAAAACUGUUCAUGUACAAAAGGUGAGUCUUUUGAGAUGCAAAUGUGAAAAAUUAGACUUUUUUUUAGAAGAUUUUAACUGAUCAGCGCAGUUUGGGGUAAAGUGACGUUGUGAGCGUUUUGUAUCUAGUUGACUUGUUCCUAGUUUUAGUUAGAAAGCGGAGUGCAGUAACCCAUAAUUUUACACCACAGUUUUAUUUUUUUAUGGGCAUAUUUCAUUUAAUCGAAUCGAUGCAGUAGUUUGGAACUACUUUAUUCAAUUUAACGGACAGCCACUUAUUAUUCUGAUACCAUGUGUCAUAUUUUGUUUUACAUAUUUGUUUUGUAAGCUUGAAUUCUCAUUUUUGAUUAUUUUUUUUAAUCAGUAUUAUUUUGAAUGUAAUUAUUGGACAAAGAGCCAAAAAAUAAGUUUUAAUAGCGUUUAUCCCAUAAAGGGAAAUCUGAAAUCAUCAUCCUGUGGAGGAAUUGUCCAUUUUGACAUCUAAUCUUCGUUAGGGGAAAAGAAAAGUUAAGUCGUCUUUUUAUGCUUUAUUUUUUAUAUACUGCCAUUGAUUAAUUGUGUAGCAUAAAAGAGUUCAAAAAUAAAACAACAAAAGUUCACGUCUGCUUUAAUUUAAUACAAAAAAUCCCUGAUAUGUAGAACUUUUAUAUUAAAGGAAUUUUUAAAGCGGCGUUAUGUUCUAAUUUAGUCAUUAGUUGCUUGUUAAAUUUAAUAAAAAUGCAUACUUUUUUUUCUUUUUUAUUUCUUUUAUUUAUUUAUUUUUAAAAUUUUUUUUUUUGUUUAAUGCACUACAACCGCUAAUGCAUUUGAUAACGUGAAAAAAAAGUAUUUAUUUUUAUUUAUUUAUUUUUUUU